UCGUAUCCAUGAUGUAAAUCUACUGGUGACCUAAUUAACCACAGCACAAACCGCAAAAUAUCAGACGCAUGGUUGUUUCUUUAAAAAGCCAUCGACUACUAUAUAUUGAUGCCAACAAAAAAAAAACACAAGGAAACGAUAAGGAGAAAGCGACAACGAAUUCUUCAGAAAUUUGCCCUCAAUGGAAUCAAAAUCGACGUCUGGUGGUGGUGGUGGUGUUGUCCGUCGCCAAUGUAAUCUGUCGAGAUAUGAUCCAUACGCAGUAGUGACAGAGAAUAAUAAUAAGGUCGACCACAUGAAAGAAGGGGUUGUACAACUUGGAGUUGAGCUUUCACUCUGUGUAGCUGAAUCCAUGUUUCUCCUGUGUGACGACAGGAAGAUUAUGUUGUUGUUCUGCUUUAUGAUAUGUAAAAAUUCAGACGACCCUGUGUCGGAAAGGCUGAUUCGUGUGAUGCAUCAUGUCUACACUAAUGAGAUCAUAUCCAAGAACAGACUGCAUCAUCAGGAUAAAAAGAUUUGUCCCAACUCGGUCCAUUGUGGAGUGAUCGGGAAAGCAUGGGAAGAUUUUGCUUACGGACUCCGAUUCCUCCAUCGCCUCACUAAGCUUUUCAGAACGCAACGUUUCCCUUUCAGAUAUCCUCUAUUAUCGAACAUGGAUACUGCAGAUAUCAAGCGGCACUUGAUCAAGAAGAUAGAGGCUAAACUGAGGUCUUCAAAAGAUGUUUCCCAGGCGAAUGGCUUUGAGAGGGAGACGUUAGAGCCUACCGUUUCCGAAACGUGGAUGUCUCUCUUUGAUGAAGAAGCUGUCCAAGCAAAGGCCACAAAGAUUAGGCUUCUUUGCGACUUGUUUCAGCCUGUUUUCGGCGAAUCAUGGCAGCCUGAGUGGGGGAGGUUUAGCGAACUGCGGCCUCUUUACGCUAUAGGCGAGGAUUUUGCAAAGCGGGAGGAGCUGAGAGAGGAGGCCGUGCGGCUCGGAGUCGAGCUCUCGCUCUAUGCUGCCGAGUCCAUGUUCUUGGUGUGCGAUGAUAUCCGUAGCGUGUUGUUGUUCUGCGAAAGGUUAUGGUUAGCUGUUGAAAAGGACCUGAGGCAGCCUCACGACAGUCCUGUCGUCGAGAGGCUUCUCCGUGUUUUUCAUUACAUCUAUUCGAAGCAUAUCAAACCGAGGAAUGAAGGACAAGUCUUUCGUGACCGCGGCACGUCGGUCCAUUGGAAACUGGCCAUGGCGUCUUUCGAGGAUUUUCACGCUGGAAUUAGAGAUCUGGAUGUUUUUGUGAGAGAAGGGAGGCAAGAGUUUGCGUCUGUUAGUAUUGACGAAGCGCUGAAGAACAUAGAGAAGAAGCUGAGGCGUGCCAAGGCUGUUUCGAAGGCGAAUGGGUUUGAGAGGAAUGCAAUGGAGUCUGACGUUUUGGUCACGUGGAAGUCUCUUUUUGACAAACCAACGGAGGAUCUAUGGACUCUGAAAAUGAUGAGGCUUGGGAUUCGCAAUGACAUGUUUUACCAUCUGUACAAGGAAAGAGCAGAAGCAAACUCGUUCGUUCGUUCUAUCAGUCGUCUUGAUAUAUGUAACUGAUGAACUUGGAUCAGAACACUUGUUAUUAACUUUUCAAGUUUGUUUUCUUUCUUA